AUGGCUGUAACUGGUUCGUAUAUAGUCAAUAGCAAAACAGUCUCCUCUAGUAGGCUCCUCUCCUCAAGCAAAGCGGUCUCCUACAAGGACAGAGCCGUUGAAAUCCCAAAUUCAGCUUCAAACCCUUUCUUACAAUCUUCACGUUUUAAACAGGGGACUCUAUAUGUUAUUAUUUUCCCCAUAAUAUUUGCAUUUAUUUUGAUUUAUAUCUUGGGUGCAAUUAUCCAGAAAUACAGGGCCAAUAAACAAGCAAGAAAAAUUGAACCAUUUGAUAAGGAUUAUGAAGGUAUUGACGAUAUUUAUUCUGUUGACGACUAUAAUAAUGAUAACGAAUUAGAUCCCUUUAAUGAUAGGAACGAAAUCAACCCUGACUUUAUUUCUCAAUAUCGUCGUUCAAUGGACCAUUUGAAGGGAAACUUGGGAAAACAUACAAGAAACUCCUCGGUCGGCACAAUACUCAAAAUUGACCUGAACAGUCAGCCAAAUCUACAACCUACACAUUACCAAGAGAGAUCCACACAGCCCCCAGUUUAUAGUAUUGAAAGCAAUGAUCAGUCAUACGUCUCUCUGCCCCAAGGUACGGCAGAUUCAGCUUCAUACUUUUUGGCUGCCGAACCAUCGAAGCAACACCCCCCUCCAACUUCGAGGUCACAUCUACAUUCCAGAUCUUUGAGUACACAAGCAUUGGAUGAUUUUUUGAGUACUGGAGAGUUACCUGUACCAAAUACAUCAUAUGAUAUACCCGUAUCGAGACAUUCAAGAUCAAGAUCCACUAGUCCUCAAAGAUCUCCACAACCACGUCGUACUACAGUAUAUACCCAGCAAACAUCCAGGAAUAAUUCGCCAUCCCGUAGUCCAGUUAGAUCUUUACGGGGUGUUUAG